AUGUAUGUUUCGAAUCACAAUAUUAGCCUUUCAAGACAAACGUAUACGAGCAUAAUCAAACUUAGAGCCAACCUAAAAUCACCGCCGCUACGUUGCCGAGGAGUUGUUGUUCUGUCGCUGGCUCCAAAGCAGGUCGCGUCAUCGUUGAUUCUGCAGUCAUCGACCACCGUGGGAAACGCAGAAGUGUCAGAGAAGACGCCGGUUUCUGAUUCCCGCAGACCAGCGAUUGACUUGUUUGAACCAGGUACUCAGGGAAAUCGGGGAAAUAUGCCUCCUCGUCGUGAGACACGCAACUCUGGUCGUCGUAAUGGUGGUGGACCAAAUGAGCCUGAUCCGAAUAUCGUAGCUGCUAUCACUCAGGCCUUUAAUGCUAUGUUGCCUGCACUUGUUCAGGCCGUACGUGGUCCUGAUCCGAAUCCAAACCCUAACCCCAAUCCUAAUCCGAACCCUAAUCCCAAUCCUAAUCCUAAUCCGAACCCUAAUCCAAAGCCAAACCCAAACGCAUCGUAUAAACUAGAAGAAGAUGCGCAAACUUGGUGGGAAGGUGUAUUGGAAGAAAGAGGAGGAGACCCAUUUGUGGAGAAUUUACCUUGGGCAGAUUUCCGUGCUAUUUUCUUUGAGAAAUAUUUUAAAAGCGUGGAUAAGAGUUCGCACACACGAGAGUAUCACAAUAUCCGUCAGAGGAAUGACGAACCACUUUCUGACGUCACUGAUCGAUUUUAUCGACUAGUUGGAUUUCUUGGGUCAGCUGCGGGAACACCAGCGGAACAAGCAGAGAAAUAUCAAUGGGCAGUUUGUGAUCGGAUUCGUAGAGCAAUCAUCCAGUCAACGUUCCCCACUGUUGCAGAGGCCGCUAAGGCUGCCAAAAAGGUUGAUAUGGAGAACAAAGAAUUUUUGGGUGGUUCCAACAAUAGUAGGAAGACAAACAGAGACGAAUACCGCACUCCGUUCUCUAGUGAGUCAUCUCAAGCACCUACUCGAAAUAAUCAAAACAAUAUGGGGAAUAGGUCAUCAGGAAGGAAUAAUAGACCAUGGCAGGGAAGAAGCCAAAAUCAGGGUCAGAUUAAACCCUACCAGCCACCAACCCAAGCUCAACCCGUAAACCAGAAAGGUAACCCGAACCCUACCCAGCCUCCAGUGUGUAACCAUUGCAACAAGCGUCACCCAGGCAUGUGUCGUCGACUUACUAGGGCUUGUCUUAAGUGUGGAGAUAUGGGGAAUAAGAUUAAUGAGUGUCCAAAGGCUGGUGACCGACCAACUGAUACCACUAGGGGAGCUACUGUGCCACCUACUAUUGGAGGGAGUGUUUUCUCUUUGACUGCAGGGGAAGCUGCUAAUGCUCCAGGUACCGUUUCGGGUAGUAUUUAUUUGGGUGAGCAUGAAUUGUAUGUGUUAUUUGAUACUGGGGCAACCCACUCAAUAGUCUCACAACUAAUUUCCCAACAUCUUAAAAUUACGCCUUCUCCAUUGGAUCAAGCUUUAGUUAUUUCUACACCAAUGGGAAAUUCUUCGAUUAUUACUCACAUCUAUAAAGAUUGCCCGCUUGUGAUCGGAAAUGUUAUUCGUAUAGCGAAUCUUUAUCCCAUGCUAAUGGGAGAUUUUGAUGUCAUACUAGGCAUGGAUUGGUUAUCCACGCAUCGAGCUACCAUGGAUUGUCACUCCAAACGAGUCAUUUUUGGUGAUAUUCUGAAUCCUGAAUGUAUUUAUCAAGGAUCUCAACCUCGAAAAUCCAUUAAAAUCAUUUCUGCUCUUAAAGCUCAAAAACUUAUAUCCCAUGGAUGCGAGGGAUUCUUAGCUGCUAUUAAAGAUACCACAGUGGAUGCACCACGUGUCGAAGACGUUCCUAUUGUUCGAGACUUCUCUGAUGUCUUUCCAGAAGAAUUGCCAGGGAUACCACCUGAACGUGAAGUAGAGUUCACUAUUGAUUUGAUUCCCGGAGCUGAACCCAUUUCUAAAGCACCCUAUCGUAUGGCCCCAUUGGAGUUGAAAGAAUUGAAAGAACAGCUGCAAGAACUUUUGGAACUUGGAUUCAUUAGACCUAGUGUUUCACCUUGGGGAGCACCGGUUUUGUUUGUGAAUAAGAAAGAUGGUAGCAUGCGUUUAUGCAUCGACUACCGGGAGUUGAAUAAGAUUACCAUUCGUAAUCGCUACCCCUUACCACGUAUUGAUGACCUUUUCGACCAACUCCAAGAAGCGAAGUUUUUCUCAAAGAUUGAUCUCAGAUCAGGGUACCAUCAGUUGAGGGUCAGAGAUCAAGAUGUUCAUAAGACAGCAUUUCGUACCCGAGUAAAGCAUGAGGACCAUCUUCGCACGGUUCUAGGAACUUUACACCAGGAGAAGUUAUACGCAAAAUUUUCUAAGUGCGACUUUUGGCUUGAACAAGUGGCGUUUCGAGGCCACAUUGUAUCAGCGGAAGGUAUCACAAUGGAUCCAUCAAAGGUGGAAGCUAUCACUAAAUGGCCCAGACCAACUUCAGUCACCGAAGUUCAAAGUUUUCUUGGCCUAGCAGGGUAUUAUCGACGUUUUGUGGAGGGAUUUUCUAUUCUGGCAUUACCUCUCACUCAACUCUUGAGGAAAGGGGUAAAAUUUACUUAG